CCAAGCACAAACCAAGAAGCCAAAAUAAGAAAAAGGAAACAGAAAAAAGGCAGGGCGGAUUCCCCACGCGCCCUGAAGACUUUUUCAUCGAGGCUUCCAAAACGACGGCCAUGUUUGUGUUCUUGGUGUUGGCGGCAAACGCGUGGCUGGCGGCGGCGCAGGUCCCGUGCGCACAGCUGGACGAGGAACUAACUCUCCCUUGCAUGUGUUCACGAGUUGACAAGGAGAUCUUUAUCGACUGUGACAAUGUGGCGUUCCCGGGGGACUUCCCUCUGCUUCCCCACAUGAUGGAAAUCGUAGAAUUUACGCAGAGGAACGCGGGAAUCCAGACGCUUAGGGGUCAGCUGUUCACCGCCUCAGACCUGCCGUUGAGGAAGGUCGACUUCUCGCGUAAUGACAUCCGUCGCCUCAACAAGGGCGCCUUUGAAGGUCUCGAGGACAACCUGCUGGAACUCCGCCUCGACCACAACCUCCUCGGGAACAGCUACAACCCGAUCUUCGCCUCGCAAGAAAUCACCAAGCUGACGGCUCUGCAGACGCUGAACCUCGGCUACAACCACAUCAAGGAGCUGGACACGGGCCUCCUCACCGCCCUCAAGGAUCUGCAGGUCCUUCAAGUCGAGGGCAACAGCUUCUUCUCUGUCCCCUCGGCCGCACUCAAGGGCCUCGACAACCUGAAGGUGCUCACCAUCGAGGAAAAUGAUAUCGACAACAUCAAGAAGUCCUCCUUCGCCGCCACGCCCGGCCUGGUCUUCCUCAACGCCUCCCACAACAGGAUCAUCAACCUCGAGGAGAACGCCUUCCAGGAGUUGGUGGAGCUGGUCACCCUCGACCUCUCGUUCAACAGAUUAUCCAGCCUGAGAGCCGGCGCCUUCCGGGGGCUCGUUAAGCUGGAGGAGCUCGAUCUCUCGUCCAACUUCCUGACGGAGGUUCCUGCCGACGCCCUCAAGGAGCUCACCAGCCUCAGGACGCUGGUGCUCCACGACAACCUGAUCCAGAACCUCGGCGGCGUGGUGGCUCUCGGGCCCAUGGUGAGCUUGCAACAGCUCGACCUGACGAGAAACAACAUCGGCGAGCUCCCCACAGGCACCUUCAGGCAGCUCACCGGCCUCAAGACGCUCAAAUUCGCUGUCAAUUCUAUCAGGAAGGUGGAGGAGGACGCCUUCGAAGGCCUCGAAUCCCUGGAGACUCUCCAGCUGGACGACGACAACAUCCUGUCCAUCCCGUGGGUCGCUCUGGCAAAGGUGAAGAAGCUGACGUCGCUCACCCUGGACUACAACCGCGUGGGCGUGAUCUCCUCCAGCAGCCUGCAGACGGUGACGGGCCUCCACCGCCUCUCCAUCGCCCACAACAUCAUCCGCGAGCUCCCGCAGGGCACCUUCACCAACUUCACCGACUUGCAGAGUCUGAACCUGUACGGCAACAAGCUCCAGAACCUCAUCCCCGAGAGCCUGCUGGGCCUGCGGGAGAGCCUGAAGGAGCUCAACCUCGGCCUGAACCUGCUGAGCGAGUUGCCACAGUUCGACUUCCCGCUGCUCGACACGCUGGUGCUCUCCAGGAACAACAUCAGCGCCCUCCCGUCCGACGCCUUCGUGCUCCUGCCCGAGCUGCGCACGCUCGACCUCAGCCACAACCACCUGACGAGCCUCCCCGUCACCCUGCUGCACCCCGUGUCCAAGCUGUCCACGCUCGACCUCAGCGCGAACCGGAUCGAGGAGAUCAAGGCCGGCCAGUUCAACGAGUCGUUCAUCAACGUGAUCAAUCUGCAGCACAACAAGAUCAUGGAGAUCCCGCGAGACUCCUUCAAGGACUUGCUCUUCCUGCACACUCUCGACCUGAGCCACAACGUCAUCAGGAGCGUGGGCGAGGGGGCGUUCCUUAACAUUCCCCUUCUGCACAUCCUGCGCCUCAACAACAAUAUGUUGCCGUCCUUCAAGCAGAAGUACUUCCGGCUGACGAUUCCCGCGGAAGGAACCGAGCUGAGGAUCCUUGACCUGAGCCACAACGACAUCACGUUCCUCCAGCCUCAGGCCUUCCAGCUGCACCCGAAGCUCGCGUGGCUCAGCUUUGCCCACAACCGCCUGUCCUUCUUCCCGGCCGAGAUCGUGCAGGAGUUGGCGCAGCUCGAGCACCUUGACGUCGAGAGCAACGCCAUCAAGACCCUUGAGAGCAGCGACUUCACCAACUCGCCGCGCCUUCGAGAGCUCAACCUGCAGAACAACGGCAUCGAGACCAUUGCUGAAACGGCCUUCCAGAACUCCUCCCAGCUGCAGGAUCUCAACCUGAGCCACAACAACAUCGAGCAGCUGCCCACGGACGUGUUCCUUGGCAUCACACGGCUGCACCUCGACCUGAGCCACAACAAGCUCUCCUCAUUGCCGGAACUCAUCUUCCAGAGGAUGAAGAUUGAGAAGCUUCAGUCAGUUAACCUGGCAUAUAACCUGUUCACCCAGGUACCGGUCAACACACUCCGGCAGCAGUACUUCUUCCUCAGUGACCUCAAUAUGUCUAACAAUAAGAUUGAGAGCGUACCCAGUAAUGCAGAUGUUUUGGUGAAUAUCAAGGAGCUCGACCUGUCAUACAAUCCGCUGAAUCAGGAAGCCAUUUUCAUCCUUCUGAACGAACCCAAGACAGUGAGGCACCUCAACCUGGCUGGCACGAAUGUGACUGAUGUACCAGUCAUUGAAGCUCGCUUCCUCUUGUCACUCAACCUUUCUGACAAUAACAUUGUAGAGAUCAAGGAAUCUGUGUUUGAGCUGACGCAGAAUCUACAGGUACUAGACCUGUCCCAUAACCAGAUUCCAAACCUCAGCUACGGCCUUGCUCGUGCCUCGCCCAAGAUCCCUGACCUGAGAGAGCUCGACAUCUCGCACAACCCUCUGGCAUACAUUGUCCGUGGAGACUUCAACUACAUGGGCAACCUCGAGGUCCUGCGUGUGGCUCACCUUCCGCGCGUCAACCGCAUAGAGCGAGCUGCGCUGACAUCGCUGCGCUCCCUCCAUGAGCUGCAUCUCCACACUCUUCCCAUGCUGAGAGUGCUGGACGUAAGGGGCAUCCUCGAGGAUCUUCCGGGGUUGGAGGUCGUGGACAUUGAGCUGACCAGCAAAGAAGUUCAUGACCAGCUCCAUCCAGCCUUUUACCCGCGUCUCAGGAGCCUCACCGUCCGCGGCCGCUCAGUGGAGGCGCUCUCUGCGGGUGCCUUCGCGGGCAUCAACAGUCCUCAGCUCACCAUCGGCAUCGUAAACACCAGCGUCAGCAACCUUGGCUCCAACAUCUUCUUCCCGGUGCCGAUGUCAUCCAAGAUCUCCCUCGAUUUGUCCCACUCUGGCAUCACGUCACUGAGUCCGCAGUUCCUGAACACGCUGGACUCACGGCAGCGCCACCUGGAGCUCGAAGGCCUCACGUCCAACCCGAUCUUCUGUGACUGUAACACCGUGUCCCUCCGCCGUUGGCUGGUCGAGCGCGGGCCCAGCGACGCCCUUUACAACGCCUCCUGCUCGGCGCCCCCUUCCCUCGAGGGGGUCGUCCUCACCACGCUCAAGGAGGAGGACCUCACGUGUCAGGGCCACCCCACCACAACCACCACCGACCUCCCCCUCUUCACCACGACGCUCCGGAAGCUCGUGACCACCGACAACAUCAUCACCUACGAGGACAUGACGGGGCGCCCGAGCGACAGGCACAACGAGAUCGACGGCAAGCUGAGCAAGCCCGCGCGCGCCGGCGGCCUCACCAACAUGGACACCGUCAUCAUCGGCAUCGUUGGGGGCGUCGUGGCCUUCGUGGCGCUGCUCAUCAUCAUCAUCUGCCUCAUCAGACUCCGCUCGGACGCGCAAUACCGCGGCGGCCCCCUGGCAGGACCGCUUGCCAUGCGGCAGCACGGCAACUGCACCUGCCUCAAGCCCCCGCACCCGCCCAGCAGCUGGGGGGGCUACCCUGGGCCCUACCCCACCCUUCCGCCUCCUGCCUCCUCGCGGGCCGGCACUCUUAAGAUGAUGCCCCCGCCCACCACGCCCAUCCCGCCCGCCUACGGCACGGUGGGCGCGCACAGCGGACGCAGCUACUACCCGGCCAACAACCCCUACUACAUGGGCUACCCUCCCGAGAGCGAACACGACCACCGAUAGUCGUUCCUCGCCGACCUAGACGACAUCACUGUGCCUGACGCCGCCGCGGGCCCCGUGCUCGAGGCGGACGCCGUCUCUUACUCGACGAAAUAAGGAUUCUCUUUUGCCCACAACGAAGCCCUCCUUCUCCCUCUCCUCGGGGACGGAGGAAGCCAAGCGGAAAACCGAUUCUCUUUAAGACGACAAAGAAAAGGAAAGUGGAAUAAGUGCAAAAAGUAAAUAGACAACGAAAGAUGAAAGAAUACUCUCUCAACAAAGAAAGGAAAAACGAGAAAGAGAACACGAAUCUUAUCUAGAUCGGUUGGUGCAAUGACCUUGCUCUGGGGAAGAUUGCCGUGGUCUCCCCUCACUUCCUUUUCCUCGGCGUUUCGAGCAUCUCUCCAUUUCAUAUCUAUUUUUUUAACGGGGCAAAAUCUCUUGUAAAUAUUUAAUGUUAGUGUUAAUGUUUCCUUUAUUUAGAGUUCUAGAUCACUUUUUUUUAUAUAUAGAUAAAGUAUAUAAAUAUAUGCGUGCGUGUAAGUAUCAGGUUGUAGAGAUGUGCCUAAGAAGCUGUUCAUUGUUAUAAUAUGGUAUUGCUAUUAUUGCAAAUAUUUCCCCCCAAACUAUGCCGCGUUCGCACAGAUGUUAUCGUUCAUCUCCGUGUGUAAUUGCGAUAAUGCGUAAGACAUUUGUGACUGCGAGAUGUGUUCAUUCAUAAAUAUUUCUGCCGUUGUGAAUGGGAACGAACUCUCAUUCAUAAAUAUUUCAGACGUUAUGAAUGGGAACAGGAUUUCAUUCAUAAUUAUUUCAGACAUUGUGAAUGGGAUCUGAGUUUCAUUCAUAAAUAUUUCAGACGUUAUGAAUGGAAAUAAGGUUUCAUUCUUAAUUAUUUCUGAUGUUGUGAAUGGCAACCGAUUUCAUUCAUAGAUUUUUUCAGACGUUGUGAAUGGAAACCGAGUUCCAUGCAUAAACAUUUCUGAAUGACGCGAGUGUGAAGAGAAAUGCUACUCACUAGCUUGUAAAUACAGUAAGUGGGUGUUGGUGGUGCUGUGUGCAUGUUGGUACUGUACAUCUUCAGAACAAGAUGUAGUGUUUUUUUUUUAAUUUCUGUUUUCGUUUUUUUUUUUACGUUGCAAUAUUCCGUAGUACAAAAGUGAAAGGACUGAAAGCAAAGAUGGAGAAUAAGACGAUAAAGAAGACAAAGGAGAUAAUGCAUGAAGACGAAGAAGAAAAUUAAAACGACAUUAAUCAUAUGAAAUUGAGAUAAAAUACAAAAUCGAAGGCGUAUAAAAACCAUUAAAAGGUUUAAAAUUGUUUUAACAUUAUUUAUUAUGAAAAUUACAGGUAUUCCCUCUAACCUAUUUAUUUACUUACUAUUUAUAAGAAGAAGAAAAAAGAAUUAUAAACCCAUACCGUUUCUCAUUUUUUGAAGAAUCUUAAAUAUGAUUGUAAUUAUAAGUUAAACUAAUUCUUUUAUUUAUUCUUUCGAUUUUUUUUCCUGUAAAAAAAAAGAACAACGAAAGGCAAAACAAAAAUUUAUUUGCAUAAUUAAGGAAGUGAGACAAUAUUCUCAUAAUUAUAUUCAUGGCGAUCACAAUAAUAAUAAUGAUAAUUAUAAAUACAGUGUGAUAAUGAUGGUGAAGAUAAUAAUGAUAAAACAAGGAAUGAUAACAGGUAAAAUUAUACUAAUGAUGAUGCAAAUUAAUAAUUGCUCAUGACCAUUAUUUUCAUUCCUGUUAUUAUUAUUACUCCGGUCAUGGUUAUAAUUAUGUUAAUGAUAAUCAUGGUGCUGUGCCAUUAUUAAUGAUAUUAGUAAUGUUAAUAUCAUCAUUGUCAUUGUUAUUAUUGUUUCUGUUAUUAUUAUAAUAGUAGUUGUUAUUAAUAGUGUUGUCAUUAUUAUUAUUAUUAUUAUUGUUAUUAUUAUUAUUAUUAUUAUUAUUAUUAUUAUUAUUUUUAUUAUUAUUGUUGUUGUUGUUAUUGUCAUCAUAGCUAUGAUAUCCAUUAUUUUUCUUUUUAUAUAACUAUCAGCACUAUGAUUUCUGUCAUCGUUACGUGACUAGAUUAUAUAGAUAAUACAUUUCUUAACUGUAUAACUGAUAUGGCAAUCAUUGUCCACAGAUAUAAGAAUACCCUUGGCAUGUGUCUUUUUAAUUAAUAUUCGGAAAGCCAAUUCUUGUGUACUACUUGUGUGCAUAUGUUUACGUAUGUGUAUUCAUCUGUAAUUUGUACAGCUUGUAACUGUUUUUAAUAAAGUAAAAAUAAUGAAAA